AUGGCUCCUGGUAUUGGCUUUGCUGUCGGCAUCCAACGUCUGAUACCGUUCAUCGGCUACCAUCACAUUCUUAUGAUCCUGAUUGCCAUUGCCAUCAUUCUUCUUUCAUGGCUCACAGCACUACUACUGGCCGGAUGCUCUUCCAGUUCACCGUUGAUACCAGGAAUCUUCCUAAUUGACUUCUACUAUCAAACGUACACACCGACGUAUGACCCGGCGCAAGUGGACCCCGGUGUCACUGCUGCUAUCGCCAACAUCGUUGGACAAACUCAACUGGAAGUAAGAGUUGGAUACUUUGGUCUAUGCAUCGCUUCGGAUGCUGGCAACUACCUCUGCUCCAACAAUGCCACCCUUCUGGCCGAGCAGAUCAGCAUUGACAAAGAUCCCAUGAACUUGAUUUGGGUCGCGAACACUUUCAAGAAUUCAGUCGUCUUUCCCUGGUUGAUUAUCAUUGCCAUCAUCUUUGCCUUCCUCUGCUUCCUCCUUCUCGCUUCAUUCCCUGGUUGGCAUGAGGAGCGUGACCGUGCCACUGGUUCCGAGGUCGACGUGAAGCCCUUUCCAUCACGUCCGGUUUCCCAGUCAGCUCUUGCACUUGUCUUCAUUGCAUCAGUCUUUGUUCUGGUGUCCGUACUAUGGCAACAUACUGCCUCAGUAGCAGCAGCGCAAGUCGCUCAAGACAUGGGUAACGGGAGCAUCAAAUCAGGAGUGGGAACAUCAGCCAUGGUGUUAGGCUGGUUCAGCUUUGCGUUACUACUCAUCGUUACCAUCGGUCUAUUGGUCAUGAUUCUAAGUAUUCAUCUCCUGGACAGACUGACAGAUGAAUAA